UGACCGAUAUUCCAUCCUCGCCAUUUUGCAAUGUGCUAUAGAAAGAGAAUAGUCUUUUUUUAUGGCUAACGAGCACAAACCGCAGAGUUUUAUGCGCUGAGGACAAAGAGCACUCGCCGUGUCUGUCGGUGAUGGAUGAGAUUAGCAGCGUUGCUGUCCUCAUCUCCAAGUCCUCAGCAUCACCCGCUGCGUCCUCAUCUCCUGGAACGCCAGCAUCUCUCCUCCAGACCCGGCCUCAGGACGCCGCCCAGCCAAGACAGGUGGACGAGUCCCUCAUCCAGGUCAUCGAGAAGCUCAGCAAGAUAGUGGAGAAGCGUCCGCAGAGGCACUGCGCUCUGGGGGGGCGGAAAAGAGGGCAAGAUCCGGACUCCCCCUCUGGGAGGGGGAGGCAGAGUCUGGCAAGUUCUCCUAAAAAGAAGAUUAGGAUAAACGUUAAUGAGGAGGAAAAAGCAGAUGGCGGCGAUGAUGAAGAUGAUAAUAAUAACAGCAUCUCGGCGGCGACAGGUGUUUCAAAGCCCAGCGAUCACAAACGCACGGUGACGUGCUACCAGUGCAGCCUCUGUCCCUUCCUCUCCCAGACGCUGCCGCAGCUCAGGGAGCACCUGAAGCAGCAUGACGAGCAGCACAGCGACCUCAUCCUCAUGUGCUCCGAGUGCCACUUCACCUCCAGAGACCAGGACCUGCUGGAGGCGCAUGUCAGACUGCACUUCGACGACGGGGCGUCUGCGCUCAGCGCGGCCGAAGGAACGCUUUUAAAACGGGAUGGGGGCGGGGAGCUGAUGAACAGCGCGGCGGAGGACUCCACCGAGCUGCAGAAGAAGAAGAAAUGGUACAGUUAUGAGGAGUAUGGCCUGUACCGCUGCUUGAUCUGCAGCUAUGUCUGCAGCCAGCAGCGGAUGUUAAAGACCCACGCCUGGAAGCACGCCGGCCUCGUCGACUGCUCCUAUCCCAUCUUCGAGGAGGAGGACGGCGCUUCAGGACGACAGGAGACCCAAGCCCCCCCCAGCAGCACAGCGCCAAGAGAGGAUGUCGUCAUUCUCCAGUCUCCAGGGCUGGAUGAUAAAAGUGUCCAAGCUGCCGUGAGGCUGCAGCUCUGCAUGCCGCCGGCUCCAGUCUCUAACUCCAGGGCCGUUUCCGCGACAACCGCAGACGGUGACGCUGAGAAUGGUUAUGUCCCUAAAGAUGUGAGCGCUGAGGAGCCGGCAGUGGAGGUGCAGGUGAUCACCGAGGCAGACUGUGACAUGGAGGUCGGCGGCGGCAGAGAGGGCAGCUCGGCCGCAGACAGCCUGCUGUCUUCAGCCCAGAAGAUCAUCAACAGCGGCCCGAACAGCGUCGGGCACAUCAAUGUGAUCGUUGAACGCCUUCCCUCAGCUGAGGACUCGGUUAUGGCGGCGAAGCCUCUCCUCCUCGCCGCAGACGUGGACAGGGACCAGAGAGCGCUCGGCGUAAACGAGGAGGAGGAGCCUCUCCCCGCCAAGCCCCCCCUCCCUACAGUAGAUGACGAGAAUGUCCCCCCAACCAGUCGCAAGCGAACACAUUCCGAGUCCCUUCGCCUCCACUCUCUGGCCGCUGAGGCUCUGGUCGCCAUGCCGAUGAGGACGCUGGAGCUGCCCGCCCCCAGCCCUACAACUGGCGUGAAGACGCAGGGCGUUCCUCCGAGCGGACAGAGGGCGUCCGACUUGGAGCAGACCACUGCGCUGUUGGACUUGAAGCUUUGCCGCCACGGCAAAGAGGAGGAGUUCAGGCCGCUGCGCCUCGUGGACGGGGACGAGGAAAGUCCCGCAACCAAAGCUGGAAUCAGCCUUUCGCUGCUCACCGUCAUCGAAAGACUCCGAGAGCGCUCGGACCAGAACGCCUCCGACGAAGACAUAUUGAAGGAGCUCCAGGAUAAUGCCCAGAUCCAGAACGGGGCCCUGGCCGGAGCGGCGGCCCCCGGGAACGGCGUGGAGGACGGGUUGGCUGGCUCACCUGAUGGGGGGUUGGUGGACUACAACCCGGGCAGCGAGAGGCCGUACCGGUGCCGUCUGUGUCACUACAGCAGCAGCAAUAAGGGCUACAUUAAGCAGCACUUGCGCGUCCACCGGCAGAGGGCGCCGUACCAGUGUCCCAUCUGUGAACACAAGGCGUCAGACAGUAAGGACCUGGAAGACCACAUGAUCUACCACUGCAAGACCAGGAUGCACCAGUGCAGACACUGUCCUCAGACCUUCCACUACAAGAGUCAGUUAAGAAGUCAUGAAAGAGAGCACCUCAGCUGCAGCAGCGACACGGCGCCGCUCACCGACACCAUCCCCCCGGUGGAGGAAUCUGAGCGAGGAACGGAUGAAGAUGGUGGUAAGCCUAAGUUCUACAGAUGCGACGUGUGCAGCUACACCAGCGCCACCUACAUCGGCGUGAGAAACCACCGGCGGAUCCACAACUCGGACAAACCGUAUCGAUGCUGCAGCUGUGAUUUUGCCACCACCAACAUGAACAGUCUGAAGAGUCACAUGAGGAGGCAUCCCCAGGAGCACCAGGCGGUGCAGCUGCUGGAGCAGUACAGGUGCUCCCUGUGCGGUUAUGUGUGCAGUCAUCCCCCGUCACUGAAAUCCCACAUGUGGAAACACGCCGGAGACCAGAACUACAACUACGAGCAGGUUAACAGAGCCAUCAACGAGGCCAUCUCCCAGAGCAGCCGAACGUCUCAGAGGUUGUCUGGACUCCUGGAGGCAGGGUCAGAAUGUGCAGCGGUGGCGCCGGACUCUAAGGAGAAAGCUGAAACCCAGGUGGAUCCUCUCCCUGCGCAGACGUCGGCAGCAAAAGCCUCACCGCCUGCAGGAAACCCGGCAGGUCUCCCCACAGACUCCUCACCGUGUCCCACCGAGGGGAAGGACGCCACGCCAUCGCACCUGCGGACAGAACAGCUCCCCGCCAUGGAGUACUGCGUGCUGCUCUUCUGCUGCUGUAUCUGUGGCUUUGAGUCCACCAGCAAAGAGAGGCUGAUGGAGCACAUGAAGGAGCACGAGGGCGACAUCAUCAGCAUUAUCCUCAACAAGGAGCAGCACCAGCAGGAAGCAGAGGCUCAGGCCAGCCUCUAGAGGGCGCAGAUUCUCUGCUGUGCCUCACAAACAGCACAGAUUCAGGAAAAGUAGGAAACGGUUCUUCAGAGGAAGGUUAUUUUAAUCCGUUAAUAUUUAUGUCAAAUCAUUUCAUUUGUAGGAAGCUUUGCUCCAAGUAUGAACAGUAAUAAGCUCGCCCAUCAAUAAGCCCCAGCCUGCCUGCAGAGGCUGAAAAGAUUUCAACAUUUCCUCCCUGAUUUCAUCCACUUUAUACGAUGGCAGCUCUUAUAUUCCUACUGUAGUGUUGAAGUUGUUUCAUCCGACCAUAUUUAAGGUUUUAUUUGGUCACCAGUAAACCUCCAUCUGUGCCUAAAGGAUCCGAUUUCCGUUUGAACUGAAGGAAUCCGUUUGUUUUUAUGUCCUUUAGCUGCCGGAAGACAAGACUUCUUCUUUUCUUUAUUUUAGUCAAAGUAACGUCGUUUUACUUGAUGCAUGGUUUAUAAAGUGGCUUCUUUAAAAAGAAAAAAGGAGGAAAUGGAGGAAUGACGUUUUCUAACAGUAAUAAGUAAUGACUGAGGUUUAGCUUGAAACGGCUGUUGAUGAACGGAAAGAUUAAAAAAAGGGAAGUUUUUUUUGUUUUGGUUUAUUUUAGAGCCGAUGUUUCAUCUGCUGGUGCCAAGGUUGUACAGUAGGAACACGUUUGUAUCACGUUUGUGGUGCUAUGAUCCUUUUUAAAGCUAAAGUUUGAAUGUAUUUUUAUAACCCUCCCCCCCACACACACACACACACACCGUUUCUGAUUUGUUUGUAGUUUAAUAUUAUUUGUAUUUUAAGUUCAAACCUUGUGACCGCAGCAUUUAGGAGCUAAACACUUUGAAAUCACGCCUUUCUCAGUGUUUUGCCACCUUAUUCGUGUUACCCAUGAUGCUUUGCUUGAACUGUGUUCGGCUUUACCAAGUGUAAAAUCCAGCAGACCGAAUGUGGGACUAUCAGCUCUUCUGCUGCGUUCAGACUGCAAGCAGCAGAAGCAGCUAGUUUUCAUGCAAAGUCGGGGGUUGACUCACAUCAAGGUGCAGCAAGCAAACCGCAGCGCGAUUUGAGAAUAUAAAAUAACAGAGACUAAUAAUAACAGGAGGUGAAAUGUAGCUCCAGACUAGCAGGGCGUGUGGUGAUGUCAUCAGUACGCUUCUGUCCCAGUUGACCCAUAUUUAUGCUGCGUGCUCCCGUUCUCCCAGAGUCCACACUUUCCUGUGUUCUUCUCAAGAACGUACUUGGAGAGGACACAAGUCCGUACUCACUGUUCUUGUGAAUUGAGAAACGGCCUCAGCGUACGCUCUGUCGCCUAGCAACCGUGACAGUUUACACACAAUUUGUCGGACGCAUAACGAGGAGUCUUCCAAUCCGAAUAUACCUUGGUGCCGCGUAAUGACGUAAUCUGACCUUCCGAGGACGCAGUCGCUCGAUCCAAACACACCGUCUGCGUUGAAGUUUCACAUUCAGUAACUAAAGUGUUGCGUUACAGCAGCCAUUUAUAGUUUAAUAGGCCUGUUUUUUUCUGACAAGUUCAAAGUAGAAAACAGUUUCUGAUCCACAAAUCUUUCCAUCAUAUUGCGUACGUCAUACAUCAGCUUACAUGUUCUCAUUAAUACCAGCGUCCAGGAUAAAGGUUCUGUGUGGUCCGGUGGAGCUCGCCUCUCUGAACCAAUCAGGAGGCCACAGAACUGAACCUAAACUUUACUCCUCCUUGAAAUGAAAAACAUUUAGAUUCUUUGCAAUAAGCUUAUAACACCAGUUUGAUUAGGUUUAAAUCGGUUCCAUUCAGGUUCAGCUCAGGAAGUUCAGGUUCAGCACUUCACUGGACAGAACCAAGACUUUCAGCUGGACUCUUGAGUCCAUGAAGUUAACCAGAACCUCCAACCUGUACUUUAGUUUAUAAUGAUUUACAGUAUCGAUUUUUUACAUGAAUAAGGAGGGUUAAACUCUGGAAUCUGAUUAUUCUCUAAACAUAAAUUGCCUGUAAACUCAACUAAAGACCAAUUUAUGUUUCUGACGCAUAGCCUGUGCAACCGUCAAAUCUGUCUCUGUGCGCGACCACGCCCCACCCCUGCGCAGAAGUUCUGCAACCGUCGUUGUGCACCUCAAAAAAUCCUGACUACGCGUCGGACGGUGGCAAACCUGAGCAGACGAAAAGCAGCUGUGAUUGGUCUUUGAUAUGCCUUUCUGGCUGUCUGUGUGGUCGUCCUUCUCCAUUCGGUGCCAGGGGGCGUGCCAUUACAAUGGACAACUACGGCGAAAGGUUGAUCGAGGAGGUUCGGAAAUACCAUCCGUUGAAGUUUUCCUGAGUUCUCCAAUAGGCUUCCCCUUGCACUUUGGCGGGAAACUGCCGUGCGUCCUUAGAAUUUUCAGACAGAUGGUGCAGAAGCAUAGCAGCAAAACUGGUUCGCAACCAGAUCCAUGCGACAUUUGAUGUGUGCGGUUGCAGAAGUCUAAUCUGCCCUUAAGUCCUCACAUCAGGUCCCACCUGAACGUCUACAACCCAUCAUCUUCACCAGAGCUAAAAAUAACCCCUGGAUCAGCUGAACCAGCAGCUCGCUGCGGUCAGGGAGCCCUCAGGGUUUAGACCAUCUGGGUAAACCCUUGAAUAGAAGCAGAAAAUCCAACAUUUGUUGAAUCUGUUGCCCAUUAUCCUUUUUUGCCAUUGUAUCCUUCCACCCAUCAUGAAGAAGACUACACAUCUGAAAGGAUGUGUCCAAAAGUAGAGCGUAGCUCAGUUUAACUGGUUUUAUUCCUUAUUAAACCCGUCUCCGUUAUCUGCUACACCCCACUCCUCGAAGCAAUGCUUUGAAAGGUUUUUCUAACUGAAGCUCGUGUUGCUAGCACACCGAUUGUAAACAUGAAUAACUGACACUUCUACUAUCAUAGAUAUAUAUUUAUUGAUAAUGUGUUGUAUAUUUGGUGCGUUUGAGCACUUGGAUAUUCCUUCCGUUAUUUUUCUCCCCAUAAGCUCCGCUCAGCACCACAACCACAUGGCCUUUCUUCUGUGCCGUAUUUUUGUUAAAAAUCAGUGACCUCUUGCCUGUUUUGGAUUUUGUCUGUUUUUUGUUUAGUUUUUUUUUUAGUUUUUUUUUUUUGUUAAAGGAUUUGUUUAAAGAAUUAGAAUUUUCAUUUUAUUCUGAAAGCUUUGAAUGUCCCUGAUCCUCAGCAGCCCUUCUGUCUUUUUUCAGGGCAGUUAACGCAGCACUCUAAGGUCCUGAUCUACCGAAGUUUUUCCAAAAAAGUUAAAAAACAAUCAACUGGGCUUUGUUGCCAAGUUUGAAGACGUUUCGCUGCCCAUACCUCUUCACAGGUGAACAGAAAACCUCGCCUAUUCAGCCAGGCCAACAGUUCCCUUUAAAAAAAAACCUUUCAGAGACAUAGGCAGGUAUGGGGCAUUGCAGACUAACAGGAACCCAAACGACCCCCAUUCCAAAGGAGUGGACCCAUUUGUCAGUUCUAAUUUGCAUGUUUUCUAAACUAAAACAAGAUUUUGAUGGGCUGCUAUAUAACAGCCUCAAACUCCACGCUAUUCCUGAAAUUUUGAAUUAAAAAAGCUUCCUGGAUGGAAAAGAAAACGUCUUCAAACUUGGAAACAAAGUCCAGUGGAUUGUUUUUUUUUGGAAUGUCUAUGACCUGGAUGACUGAGAAUCUUCACCAGCAUACUAAAAGUCUGCCUAUAAAACGGGGCUAACUUGACUGCACAGGAAAAUGUGAUCCACUAAACAGUCGCAGCCAGAACUGCAUCUGGAAUUGUUUGAAGGAUGCGUGCAAGUAGAAUACAUAAAGGUCUGCAGGCGUGGUCAGAAGGAGGCAUUAGUAAGUUGUACACAGGAGAGAUAAUUCAUGUCCAUGUAAACUAACCCAAGGCCCUGUUAUAUAUGACAAGAUAAUGGCUGCUCUUUGGCUGUAGAAACCUCCAGUCUAGAAGCUAUAGUUAUUGCUAAUCAGCUGUUUGACAGAUGUAUUUUCCCACUGGAAUUCUUUGGCAGUAUCAAUAAAAAUGUGUUUCUAUAGCACCCAUUCACAACGCAUGUCAUCUAAGGUCACUUUCCAGAAACAAUUCAUACUGUCUGUUUCUGAGGAAAACAAGCUGAUUGCAUCCAAUCAUUGGCCAUUUCUCAUGCAUACUUCUGCGUUCUCCAUAAGCAUAACAUUAGAGUUUGAACUAACAGAUUCUGCAGAAUGGGAGAAUAGAGAUAGAUUGAAGCAGAAUAAUGAAAAGGGGUCCCUAUAUCCACCAGCAGUCUAAGCCUAUAGCAGCAGUCGGUACACCCGUUCCACCAUCGCCAGGUUAAGUGUUAAAUUUACUGACUGUAAUUUACUGGGACUAAUUUCAGUGGCAAUGGCACUAAUUUGUGUUCCACCCACAUAAGUAGUUGCGGUGAAUAACAUAUUGUUUAAAGGGGCUAAAGUCCUCUGCCUGUUUCCUCUCCACAUUGCCAUCAUACCUGCCAUCUGUGCGCAGUGCUGUUCUAUGUUUCGGCUGAUUUCCAGUCACCAAAUAAUCCCCCUCUGUCAAUCUGUUAGUAUAAAUAGUCUCAGUAGAUCAGGGCCUAAGUACAUAACACUGCCUCAAUGUUUGAUUACUCACCAGAACUUAAAUGCUUAUAUUUUUAACCCCAAGAACUGACAUUUCUGCAAAUUGUAAAAUAUUUUCAUAGAUUGUUUGUUAAAUGUUUUCAAAUAGCUUUUGUCAUCAUUUAUGAUCAACUUUUUAAGAGAGAUCUCUGUUUUCAUCGAGCUGUGUGCGUUUGAACCAAAGGCCAUGUCUGCUCUGAACCAUAUAUUUUUACGCCCGUAUCAAAUUUUGUAACAGUCAACAGGAAAGCUUCUCAGACUGUAAUGUGACACUUGCUUUGUUUGUAUUUAUUUUUGAACAUCCCACAAAGUGUUAUUUUACUUUGCCAUUGUAUCUUUUGCUAAUAAAGAUUGUAA